AUGUGGUCGACGAGGCUGCGGGUCCUGGCAGUGUUACUGCUCGGAUUGCUAGGCGUGUGUGUUAGUGCCCAAAAAGCGACAACUGAACCGAAGGUUCUGUGCUACUAUGCAGGCGGCAACACCAUCAAGGAAGACCUAUCAAAAGUGACCGUGUCCGACAUUGAGUUGGCCCUGCCCUUCUGUACCCAUUUGAUUUAUGGCUACGCCGGUGUUGACGCUGUAACGUAUCGCACGCGCCCUAAUAUUGGUAGCCUUGAUUUGGAGGAAGGCCAAGGACAGUACCGCACCGUUACGAAACUGAAAAAGCGCUACCCAGGCUUGCGGGUUUUCUUGAGCGUCGGUGGUAACCAGGACCUGACCGAGGAAAAGCCGUUCGAGAAAUACUUGACACUGCUGGAGUCAGCUGGCUCGCGAACGGCGUUCAUCAACAGUGCGUAUACUCUUUUGAAGACGUACGAUUUUGACGGCCUUGACCUGGCUUGGCAGUUCCCGCAAUCGAAGCCGAAACGCGUUCGCGGAUUGUCGGGCAAACUGUGGCACGGCUUCAAGAAACUGUUCACCGGUGACAGCAUCCUGGACCCGAAGGCGGAAGAACAUCGUGAGGAAUUUACUGCACUGGUUCGCGACUUGAACAACGCAUUCGUGCAUGAUAAGUUCCGGGUGGGCUUCACCCACCUGCCGCAUGUAAAUGAAUCCGUUUUCCUGAACAUUCCGCUGCUGAAGGAUAAUUUCGAGUACAUCAAUAUUGCCGCGUACGAUCAGCAAACUCCGGAACGAAACCCCAAGGAAGCUGACUACACGGCGCCGAUCUAUGAACCAUCGGAACGGGCCGAGGGCAAUAACGUGCAGGCUAAGGUGAAAGCGUGGAAUUCGGCUGGAACUCCGCUGGAUAAAAUUGUCGUUGGCUUGGCCACUUACGGCCGUGGCUGGAAACUGACGGAAGAGUCGGGCAUAACCGGCAGGCCUCCGAUUCGCGCCGACGGUCCUUCACCGGCUGGGCUUCAGACGCAAAUUCCCGGAUACUAUAGCUUCGGUGAAGUGUGCGCCUUGCUGCCUAAUCCAACCAACGCUAACAUGCAGGGUGCCGAUUACCCGCUGCGUAAGAUAAAUGAUUUCAGCAAGCGCUUUGGUCCGUAUGCAUUUCGUAUUCCGGACGAGAACGAAAAACACGGUAUCUGGCUGUCGUAUGAGGAUCCCGAGAGUGCUGGCAAUAAGGCGGCGUACGUGAAGGCGAAGGGAUUGGGCGGAAUUUCUAUCAACGAUCUGGCGAUGGAUGAUUUCCGUGGCGUAUGUUCCGGCGACAAGUUUCCGAUUCUGCGUGCUGCCAAGAAUCGAUUGUGAUGU